AUGGUGAAGGGCAAAGUCCGCAAGGAAGCGUCAAAGGAGCCAAGAAAAUGGGUGGAUUACAUCCAGGAUGAGAGUGAGAAGAAGGCAGUUCCAAUAUUAGCCGGCCGGUUUCAGGCGGAGUUGCCGGAGUGGAUUGGUCCACCCAAGAAAGGUGAUCAAGAAACAGAAUUAAAAUGGUUGGGUACGCAGAUAUGGCCAAUCAAGAAUGAGUCGUCUGAUACAACUACAGAAGAAGAAGAAGAAGAAGAAGAUGAUGUGGGAAUUAUUGGAAAAGGGAGAGCUGAAGAGUUGUGCGACUGCGAGUCUCGUGGAUCUGUUGAAUGUGUUAGAAGGCAUGUAAAUGAUGAAAGGAUAAAGCUGCAGUCUGAACUGGGAUCGGCGUUUUGGGAAUGGAAUUUUGAUGGGAUGGGAGAAGAAGUUUCGAAUCAAUGGACUCUAGAGGAGCAGAAUAAGUUUGAGUCAAUCGUGAAAAUGAAGCCAUUAUUAUUAUCUCAAGGUGGAAAAGGGUUUUUGAAGGCUGCCAUGGCCGCUUUGCCCUCCCACAACACCCAAAGCAUCAUCAGUUACUACUUCAAUGUUUAUCUGCCACGGAGAAUCGCCCAGGAAACCAGGAGGUCAGAUAAUAAAACGGCCAAUAAUACCGACGACGAGGAUGAGACUAAGGAGGCAACAAAUUCCAAGACUAGUCGUCGGAAGAAAAGGCGUAUCAUAUCUUGA